UAAUUCUUACUUAUAUACAUUAUGAUACAAAAUGUUUUACAAUUGGUUAUAAUUCAUUUUUUACAGUCGGUGAUAAUAUUGAUACACUUUGCAAUCGUAAUAUAAGUAACGAAUCUGAAUCUGUUGUCCAAAUAAAUAAUUUUCAAACACUUCCUACCAGUAUAGAAACUAUACAUACUGAUAAUUUUAUGAAACAAACUAAUACGUCAGAUAAAAAUGCUAAUACUGAAGUGCAAAAUGAAAUGAUUUCUAAUGUUGUGUUAGACAACAAUCUACAAUGUACAAAUACAAGUGAUAACCUAACUUUGAAAAUACCAGUUGUGCAAUUGAAUAAAGACAAUGUCAAUAAUAAUGUCGACAACGAUACUGUUCCUUGUAAUGGUACUGAUAAAUCUGAAUGUACUAAUGAAACCACAAAGGAUUUUGAAACACUUUCUAAAGUUAUAAAUACUGAAGAGUUGACGAAACAAAAUCAAAAUAAGUUCGAUGAAAAGAUAAGUACUGAAUUAGUACAAAAUAAAUCUGCUUCUAAUGUCAUAUUGCCAGAAUGCAGUUCAAAUAUACCAAUUAUGCAAUUAAAUAAAGGGUAUUGGGUUUUAUUAGGGUACAAGGAUACUGUUUCUCAUGAUGGAAUUGAUGAAUCUGAAUGUAUCAUUAAAACCACAAAGAAUUUUCAAACACUUUCUAAAGUUGUAAAUACUGAAGAGCUGACGACACAAAAUCAAAAUAAGUUAGAUGAAAAAAUAAGUACCGAAUUAGUACAAAAUAAAUCUAUUUCUAAUGUCACAUUGCCAGAAUGCAAUCUAGAUAUACCAGUUACGCAAUCAAAUAAAGAUAAGAAACAUAAUUUUUGCUUAUAUUAUAAAAUAUUUUAGAAAUCACAUAACA